UUCAUGUUCUAGGGUUUCUAAUUAGUAUCCAACGCUUUGCAAUUGUGUGCAGCAGAGCCAAAACAAUCGAUCGUACACUUCAUUUCUUAAUCUCUCCAUCUCUCUCAUCGUAAAAACGCCCUAUAAACUUCAUCUAGUGAUUUUCGAGAAUGUCUCGGGUUUAUGUCGGGAAUUUGGAUCCUCGGGUCACUGAGAGGGAUCUCGAAGUCGAGUUUAGGAUUUUCGGCGUUCUCCGCAAUGUCUGGGUAGCUAGAAGGCCACCAGGAUAUGCAUUUAUUGAGUUUGAUGACCGCAGGGAUGCUGUGGAUGCAAUUCGUGAAUUGGAUGGCAAGAAUGGUUGGCGUGUGGAACUCUCUCACAAUUCUAAAGGUGGUGGAGGCCGUGGUGGUGGGCGUCGUGGUGGGGGAGAGGAUUUGAAGUGUUAUGAGUGUGGAGAACCUGGUCACUUUGCUCGUGAAUGUCGCUCACGUGGUUCACGGGGACUUGGGAAUGGGCGAAGGCGAAGCCCCAGUCCUCGUCGCCGUAGGAGUCCAAGUUAUGGAUAUGAGCGCAGGAGCUACAGUCCACAUGGGAAAAGAUCUCCUCGGCGCCGCAGCAUAUCACCUCAUCGUGGUCGCAGCAUCAGCAGGUCACCUCCAUAUCGUCAUGCUCGUCGUGAUUCACCUUAUGCUAAUGGAGAUUAAAGCAAGACCUGAUCUGAGCAAUUCUGGAAUAUAUCUAUGGAAAAGAUUACGUAAUACUGUUUUAGGAGCUUCUGUGAGCAAAAGAGAUUUAUGUUAUAUUUGUUUUGUGACAAUAGGGUCUUGUUAGAACUUGUGGUUUUGCGUGGUGUCCACUCU